GGGAGAACUCCUUCCGGUUCCGGUCUGGCGAGCGCUCAUUUGGCGACAUGAAACUGCUCACUCACAACCUGCUGAGCUCGCAUGUGCGGGGGGUGGGGCCCCGUGGCUUCCCCCUACGCCUCCAGGCCACCGAGGUCCGCAUCAACCCCGUGGAGUUCAACCCUGAGUUCGUGGCGCGUAUGAUACCCAAGGUGGAGUGGGCGGCGCUCCUGGAGGCAGCUGAUACCUUGCACCUGGUCGAGGUGCCCAAAGAGCCAAUUGAGGGAUAUGAACAUAAUGAGAAAUUUCUGAGGAAGAUGCAUCACGUCCUUUUGGAGGUGGAUGUGUUGGAGGGCACCCUGCAAUGCCCAGAGUCUGGACGUCUCUUCCCCAUCACCCGUGGAAUCCCCAACAUGCUGCUGAAUGAUGAGGAAACCGAGAAUUGACCAUGCCAGGCACCAG